AUGAGUCGCAAACCCAUCGUGGCGGGCCUCAAUCGUCGCCAGUCCUCGACCCCACACUACCAGACUUUCCCCACAGCCCCUCCACGAACUCGCGGGAAUGCGCUCUCGUCUCCCUUCGACUCCUCCCAUGACCAAGAUAGAGUAUCCAAUGCCGACGACGACCAGCAUAACAACCACAAUCAUGAGUCGCCGCUUCCGCGCCGCCAGCUCGCCGUUCUCGCUAUCAUCGCCCUGGCCGAGCAAACUGCGCUGAACUCCAUCUCCCCCUACCUCCCACAGAUGGUGGCCUCUUUCCCCUCAACAGACACAUCACGAAUCGGUCUAUAUGUCGGCGCAAUCGCCUCGUCGUUUGCUGCCGCGCAACUCCUCACGAAUUACUUCUGGGGCUCACUCUCCGACCGCAUCGGGCGCAAACCAGUUAUCCUCCUCGGUGCCAUCCUCACGGCUGCGGCAUUCGUAGGGUUCGGGUUCUGCACAAAGCUAUGGCAUGCGAUCCUUGUGCAAGCUAUAAUGGGAAUUGUAAACGGGAAUCAGGGACUCAUCAGUACGUGUCUGGGCGAGAUCACGGACCGCUCAAAUCAAGGCCGCGCUUUCGUCUGGCUGCCCGUCAUCUACGGUGUAGGCGCCAUCUCAGGGCCGGCACUAGGCGGAUUGUUAGUGCAAGGAGAGUCCAGUGCGAAGAAACCAUCCUACCCGUUCUUACUCCCGAAUCUGGUUGCGGCUGUCAUACUGGUGGUGGAAUUUACAGUUACCCUGAUAUUCCUCGAAGAGAGCCUCGAGGAGGCCAAAGACCUCCCACCGCUACAAGACAGAGUCAGAGCCUUCUUCUCAUGGAUGUGGCAGUUCGCCUCCGGUGCCAUCCGCCCAACCUACACCCGACGCGGUCCCCUCCACCACCACGGCCACCGCCGAGUCCACUCCCAUAGCUCUACCAUCUCGAGCACAAGCAGCACCUCCCCCUCCUCCUCCCUCCUCCAUGACAUCUUCGCUGGCCCAUAUACCUCCAUCCCCAUCAAAGACCCCCUCAGCGGCACCACCCUCCUCCUCCUAUCCACCUACUUCGUCUUCCAGCUCUCCAACGCAUCCUUCAACGCCCUCUACCCCGUCUUCGCCUUCGCCGACCCCCCACUCGGCCGCAAUAUCCCCGCCCGAGAUAUUGGUUUCUCUCUCUCCGCCGCCGGUGUCGCUACAAUUAUGUUCCAGGUCCUCAUCUUCGGCCGCCUACGCGACAAGAUGGGGAACAAAGCGACAUACCGCGCGGGCCUGGGCUUAUUCGCCGUUGCCCUCCUCGCAACCCCGACCGUACCAUUCGCAGACUCUAAGCCGCCAUUCAAGUUCCUCACAGGACACAUGUGGAUGUGGGCACACCUCUCCCUCGUACUCCUCGCCAAGACAGUAGCAUCCGUAGGCGGCCUCUCCAGCGCCCUCCUGCUCAUCACCAAUUCAGCCCCUGAACCAGAGUGUCUAGGCGCUCUGAACGGGUUGGCGCAAACGCUUAGCUCUGCGGGGCGGGGGGUAGGCCCCGUGAUGGCAGGCGGAUUAUUCAGCGCUGCACCGAAGAAUGGGAGGAGUGGUGGUUGGAUCCCAUUUGGGGUGUUUGGGGGUGUCGCGGUGCUAGGGUUCGUGGCAAGUUGGGGGAUUCGGGGCGAGGAGUUGGAGGGAGAGGAGUGGGAUGAGGGUGAACAUGAUGAGGAAGAGGUGUUAUAGUGUGGUAUAUUGGACGAUGGGUGCGGAGGUAUUCGCGACGACGGACGUGCAUGGAUUCUGGGUGCAAGGCCAUUGAUUUUUGGCAACUUGGACACAGCCACAGCCACAGCCAGUCCGAGCGAAAUGAACCGUUAAUGGUGGACUACGAAAGUCAUUCUACCACCAUACACCGACCUAUCAGCAAAUUAACACCCCCAUUCCCCACAAAGCAGUGGCUGCAAGAUUACCGCAACUAUACCAGGUUCCUCGGUUGCUUCUUGAAUGAGGCAUAGAUUAGUACCCUUUCACUGCGCAGUGCAGGGAGGCCGAUUUGUCAGCCCAAGUCCAAGUGCAGAGCCGCCCUCCACGCAGGCAAGCGACUUAAGGCAAGAGAAACUAGAACCAUGGACGACGUCGCGUUCCAUCUCACUGAGCUAAAAGUUUUAAGGACCAGAAAUGUGAAGCUACUGCUGGGAGCAAAGAAAGCAAGUGGCUCAACCGUACAUUGCUAAAUUUUAGAGCGAAUCAAUUAUGAUAUAAAUAUUCAGCUUAGCUUUGAGCAAGGGCGAUGAGUAUAUUAUUAUGGG